AUGCAGCGUGCCAAGUGUUCGGUGUUCAUCGCCACGAGCCUGGACGGCUUCAUCUCCCGCACCGACGGCAGCAUCGACUGGUUGAACAAGGCCAACAAGUUGAUGCCCCCCGGCGAGGACUGCGGCUACGCCCAGUUUAUGUCCACCGUCGAUACGCUGGUCAUGGGGCGCAACACCUUCGAUCAGGUCCGCACCUUCGACCCGUGGCCCUACGGCCUCACGCCCGUCGUCGUCCUGACCAGCCACCCCCUCGACCUGGCCCUACCCUCGCUGGUCUCGGACACCGUCAGCGCGUCGAGCGACCCGCCCGAAGCCGUCGUUGAGCGGCUCACGGCCGAGGGCAAGCGACACCUCUACGUUGACGGCGGGCGGACUGUGCAGAGCUUCCUCGCUGCGGGCCUGGUCGACGAGCUCAUCAUCACCACCAUCCCCGUGCUCCUGGGCGCCGGAAGGCCCCUCUUCGCCAACGUCGGCUCGAGUGGCGGCGGCGGCGGCGGCGACGUGGAGCUGGCGCAUGUGGCGACCCGCGCCUUCGACUUUGGCUUCGUGCAGAGCAAGUACCGGGUGAAGAGAGAUGGCGAUGAUGAAGAUGGUGAUGACGAUGGAAAGAGGCAAGAGCAAGCUUGA